UAUUUGUUAGUUUAUCAGUCAGUCAAUCAGUCUAUCAAUAAGUCAGUCAGUCAGUCAGUUAGUCAGUCAGUCAGUCAGUCAGCCAGCCACUCGGUCACAUAAUCAUAGUCGGUCAGUCAAUUCAGUCCUUCAGUCAGUCAGUCAGCCGGUCAAUCAGUCUAUCAGUCAUUCAGUCGGCCAGUCAUGCGGUCGGUCAGUCACGGGCAGGACAUGGACCACGCAUCCAAGCAGAGGAGGGAGGAAAAGAGUCGAGGGUCGGAAGUCGGGAGAGGCGGGCAGGAAGGCGGAGCUUAUGCAUAGGCGGCGCGACUCUCAAGCUGGGCUGUCUGUCUACUCCUAUAUCUCGCUCCUCCCAGCAUCACCUUCGCGAGGACCAACGCCAGCCUCACCGUCCCCUCCUCGCUGUGUCAAAAGCAGCAGAACCAAAUUCACACUACUGGCGGCCCUCUACACACUGCUGACGAGGGACUGCCGAUGGAAUUGACAAGGCAGGAGGACCAAAUAUACUGCUGACUGCUGACGAUGGCCUGCUGACGGAGGAACCAAAGCAGAAGGACCGUAUUGAAACUGCUGACGGUUUUCUUCUUGUGCACUGCUGACGGAAUGACCAAAGCAGGAGGAUUAAUUCAUUGCUGACGACCCUCUACAUUGCUGACGAUACCUUGCUGAAGCCACAUACUGCUGACGAAGGCGCUGAAGGUGCUGAAGAGGAAUAACCAUGAUAACCAUACGGGAGGGUUCCAGCCCCCGGGAGGAUCAGCACUGGACAAUAACGAGGCAACACGUGUCCCUCAGGAACAUGGCCACCAACUACAGCCCCUCCUCCUCCAGCCCUUCUUCAGCGUCCUCCUCCCUUACUAUAGACGAGGAAUCGAACCCCUUGACCCUCAGCUGGCGGGGCGUCAACGUGUACGCGAAGCCAGCGGCGGGCGGCAGCGGACAGCGGCGGCGGACGGGAGCGAGCACUCAUUCGUCGGAGCUACGGAUCCUUAAGAAUGUGACGGGCGUGUGCCGGCCAGGAGAGCUGCUGGCCAUCAUGGGCGCCUCGGGGGCGGGCAAGACCACGCUGCUGAACGUGCUGACGUACCGUAACAAUCACAAGCUGCGCAUCACCGGUGACCUCUUCGUGAACGGCCGCCGCGUCGACCCCGACACUCUGACCAGCCGCUCGGCCUACGUGCAGCAGGACGACCUCUUCAUCGGCCUCAUCACCGUGCGGGAGCAGCUCAUCUUCCAGGCGGCGCUGCGCAUGGACCGCCACCUGACCCACGGGGAGCGACUGGCGAGGGUCGACCAAGUGAUCAUGGACUUGGGCUUAAGCGGCUGUGAACACACGCGCAUCGGGACUCAAGGCCUGGACCGUAAGCUGUCUGGCGGGGAGAUACGGAGGCUGAACUUUGCUUGCGAGGUCCUCACCAACCCUGCCCUGCUAUUCUGCGACGAGCCCACCUCAGGCCUGGACUCCUUCCUGGCGCAGAAUGUGGUCAGCAUGAUGAAGGGGAUGGCAGAGAAGGGGAAAACUGUCCUGUCCACUAUACACCAACCCAGCUCCGAGGUCUAUGCCAUGUUCGACCGGGUUCUCCUUAUGGCUGAGGGCCGUGUGGCUUUCUUAGGGAACCCAGAUGAAGCGCUGCUGUUCUUUAGCAAGCUGGGUGUUGCGUGUCCGGCCCAGUACAACCCCGCCGACUACUUCAUCAACCAACUGUCGGUGGAGCCAGGGCGGCGCGCGGCGUGUCUGGUCCAUAUCGCCAGUGUGUGUGAUGCCUUCGAGGUGAGCCGAGAAGGGGAGGCUGUGAUAGACGACGUGCUGGCGAAUGAGGGGGCGUCCCUGCAGCAGCUGGACAGCAACAGCCUCCACAGCGGCCCAGCGGAGGGUGUCGCCAGCAGGUCUCCUUACAAGAGUUCCUGGACGACUCAGUUCCAAUGGGUGCUGUGGCGCUCGUGGCUGGAGACGCGGCGGGAACCUCAGAUUAUUAGAGUCCGCUUCCUGCAGAUACUGGCCAUGGCGGUGCUGCUGGGCUUCAUGUACCGCCAGGACGGGCCGCUGCUCAACGUGGCAAGCGUCAACGGCGGCCUCUUCGUCCUCCUCUGUAACAUGACCUUCCAGAACGCCACCAUGGUUAUCAACUCGUUUUGCUCGCAGAAGGAACUCUUUCUCCGCGAGCACCACAACGGGAUGUACCGCGCCGACGUCUACUUCCUCGCCAAGAACCUCGUGGACGGCCCCUUCUUCACCUUCUACGCCGUGCUCUACACCUCCAUCUACUACUUCCUCGUGGGCUUCAGCGCCGACGUGGACCGCUACCUCGUAUGCGUGCUGACGGCGGUGCUGGUGACGUGGUGCGCGCUGUCCUUCGGUUAUUUUCUGAGCUGCGUCUCCCCAUCCGUCAACGUGGCCCUGCUGCUCCUCGCUCCCUUCCUCCUGGUGUUCAUGCUCCUCGGCGGCUACCUUCUUAACGUUAGGUCCGUCAGCCCCGUCAUGAAAGCCGUCCAGUACCUCUCGUGGUUCAGCUACGGCCACGAGGUGCUCAUGGUGAACCAGUGGGCGGGCGUGGUGAACAUCACCUGCGCCGCCGCCUCCAAGUGCUACCCCGACGGCGAAGCUAUCCUCCAGCAGCUAAACUUUUCUGCGACCGGCGUGGGCCCCGACUUCGCCUGCCUCUGCGGUCUUAUUCUCGGCUACCGGAGUCUGGCCUUCCUCUGCUUCCACCUCCGCGCCGCCAGAUCGAAGCCAAGGCGGUAAUUCGUCCAGCGGUUUAAGGAUAUGAGAACAAUAACGUAAGGAGUCUGCAAGAGGCCGGUAGUUCUAUACGAAGCAGCUCCUGUGAACCCAUAACCCAACCUUACCUCACUAUCCAUGAACUUAUCUAACUAUUCUUCAAUGUGUCUAUGUUACUGGCACUCAUGUUUGGGACUAUUAGUAUCAAGGUAUAUACCAAGACGAGAAAGACGCCCGCAAAACUCUGAUGCCACUGUUGUUGUACUGAAGCCUUCGUGCUGUCAAGCAUAAUAGGAUCAUUGCACAAUACGGUAAAGCAGAUUGCCAAGGAGAAGAGAGUAUCAAGAGGACGGUAUCAAGACCUUUACACCUGGAACUGAACUCUCUUUCGGCCUCUCUUUUUUUUAUUCUUUCGCCGGAGCAGCGUUUAGCGGGUUUGUUGUUGCUUUGUUUUUUGUUUUUUUGGCCUUGAACGAUAAGAAAAAGUUAGGAGUCAAACCAUUUCAAAUAGUCCGUUAAUUUGGGCGUUCGAUUUCGCGGGUCCUUUCCUCCCUUCUGCUCUGCCACACGGUCCCAACACCUAUUUUUCCUCUCAUAUACUAGCUAUAGGUAACAUAAUGAAAGGAAGGUGUUGGGACUGUCACAGGGUCGUAUUUUAAAACAUUUCGUCAUCCAAGAACACAUAUUUGACAAGGCUUUCUUAGGAGCUGUGGGCAUUUCCAGGAGUAGUUUUAUGACCCUGGUGGUAAGUGGACCCUUCUUCUGUACAACGAACCUAAAGAAACACUCAUUAGAACCCGACUGACCCCCUUUUUGACCUUUAGAAAUAGCUGAUGUGAAAACGCCCAAACGGACAAUUGAAAUGGUUUUGACUUAUAGUUUAGUUUGGUUGUGAAAGUCUUGGAUCUCAGGUUGACUCAGAGUUGUGUUAACUUGCUCAAGAGGAUCACGAGCUAUAAAGUCUCGGCGUGUUAGUUGUGUUAGUCUCCUUUGGUUGUGAAAGUCUCGGCACUCAGGUUGACUCAGGGUUGUGUUAACUUACCCAAGAGGAUUACGAUCUAUAAAGCUCACAAGUGUGUUUCUUUAUCUCCUUCCUUGUCCGUGUGUUGUAUAAAGCCUAUGUAAAUCCACUGUUUAGUAAUCCUGUUCAGUACUUCUCUCUUCUACAAAACCCAUAUGUGUGUAUCUUCCUUCUCUCUCUGUGUGUUCUCCGCUUCACACGAGUUCAAAAGUCCACAUAUGUGUUUCUUUUUCUUCUUUCUCGUCUGUGUUUAUGUAAGUCAGUCCGUUCUUUAGGUAUGUUCUCUCUUCUUCUCUCAAGCCCGUAUGUGUUUCUCUUCCUCCACCUUUCUUCUCCUCCUUCUCCUUCACGUCUUCCCAGCUUCCUCGGAGUGGUUGCAAGGAGUGGUGGUUCUCAGGAGGCUGACCGGUGGGUGAGGCUGUCCAAUAGGCGCUCUGACCACGCCCCUUCCUCUCUCUCUCUCUUGCCUUGAUCCGUCCCUCUGUACCGCCUAACCUAUGUCUCUCCUUCCUUCACCGUCUUCCUCUCCCGUUCCCUCCUUCUCUUGUUAAAACCACGCCCCUUUCUCCCUCCUUACUCCCUUCGUUGACCUCCUAGCCUCGAAUUCAACUCCUGCCUCUCCUUCUCUAUACUCCUCUCCCACAAUCAGCUGUUUCUCUCUCCCUCUCUCGCCUUCACUUUCUCUCUCACCUCUAGACUUACCUCCAUCUAUUUCUCUGCCUCCUACUCAUUACCUCCUGUUUUUCUCUACCCCCUCCUCUUCUAUCAGCUGUUUCCCUCCACCUCUCUCUCCCUUACGUCUCUAGCCGUCUCCUCCCUCCUCCUCCUUAUACCUCUUCCUGUCUGCCUCUCUUUCUUCUCCUCCUACUCAUUACCUCCUGUUUUUCUCUCCCUCCUCCUCUUCCAUCAGCUGUUUCUCUCCACCUCCCUCUCUCCUUCACUCUUUUUCCCUCCUCUCAUCUCUCUACCUUCCUCUUCCUCCUCCUGUCUUUUUCUUCUUCCAUUUCUACCAUCAUCUGUUUCUUCCUUUUUCUUUCCCUCUCCGAGCCUUCAUCUUUUCUGUCCUGUCCUACCACGCGUAGAUUACUAGUAGUAGCGGUAGUAAACAGACACCCUCGCCAUAGACCGAUAGGUCUUCUGGUGUCUGUUCUUCCUAUGUAUUCCUAUGUAUCUCCUCCUCCUUACCUUCCUCCUCCUCCUCCUCCUCCCCUUGACCAUCUCUUCACCUCUCCCUCCCUCCCUCCCCAUAGUACUACCCUCCUACCCUGAGACCUUGCUUUCUCUAGUCUGGCGCCAGUCUGCUCACUUACUAUCUAUCUAUGUCUGACCCUUAAUUCCCUACCUACAUCCCUAUACCUUCCAGCAAUCCUUCCUUCCUCCGACAUCCUACCUCCAACCUCCGAUUUCAGCCAGUACCGCCGACACCUCCUGGCACACACGUUUGUUUGCGUUGAUCUCCAGCUCCAGCAACAAUGGCCGAGCUCUUCAGGACGACGGGCUUCUAUGCGAGAAGAACUGUCGCCGCAGCACUGUUACAUUUUCACUGGAAUGAGCUUAAAGCCAAGAAAAAGAGGCGUGUGUGGAGGCGGCAAUGGUUAGCAAGGAGAGAACAGUUUGGGGUUGCCAGCAGACUUAUGCAAGAGCUUGCUCUAGCCUAGAGGACAGCGAGGGCUACAGGCAGUGGACGCGGCUGGACAGACAACAGUUUCGUCUCUGCUUCUCUUGUCCAAGUAAUUCUGGUUCCUUGGCUGGUCAGCGCUGCUCUCUCACGGUGUUGGGGUUUGUUUAUGUAUAAAGAGGUCAACUGACAACUUAUGUUGUUAUAUCAUAAAGUUUAGUUUUGUUUUUCAUUUUUUUUCUUAUUCAUAAACCUUAUUCUAUUGCAAGUUAUGCAAGAAAUAAAAUCAC